AUGAAGCUCUUGCGAGUCGCUACGGCGGCUGUCCUUGCUUUGGCAGGGCACGCGAACGCAGUUUCAACUUUUGAACCGGCACGCCCUCCUGCGGCUCCUCUGGCUGUUCGAGCUCCCUAUCUCAACGUUUGGCUCAAUGGUCCAAAUGAUGGAAAUCCUAGCGGCUACCUCGCUGGCCAAUGGCCUAGGUACUGGACACAAGGAAUUCAAGCAUGGCAAGGCUUCAUCAAGGUCGACGGAAAAGCCUACAACUGGAUGGGAGAGGCUCCCGGCGCAAGCAAUGUUAACCAACAGUCACUCAAAUACACAUCCACUAGAACGACCUUUACCAUGAAUGUGGGAGGGCUUGUCCAGAUGGCUGCAGAGUUCUUCUCUCCAGUCUACCCAGAUGAUCUGAGAAGACAAUCUGUCCCGUUUUCAUACCUCAAAAUCUCGGUUGUCUCCCUAGACGGGCGUUCACACAACGUUCAAAUCUACUCCGAUGUGUCAGGAGAAUGGGCAUCUGGAGAGAGCUCACAGAUCAUCCGAUGGGAGCACCAAGAGGCAGACGGGGUGCUUUCCCACAAAUUCUAUCGCCAAAACCAAGACGCUUUUAAAGAGGCAAACGAUCAGGCAUCUUGGGGUAGCUGGUAUUGGUCGACUGGUGAUAUUAGAGGUGUAACGUACAAGAUUGGUCAGGAUACAGAGGUCCGCGGCCAGUUCCUAUCCAACGGUACACUUGACAAUACCAUUGACACUAACUAUCGUGCCGUGAACGAUCGAUGGCCCGUAUUUGCCUUUUCACGCGACCUUGGUGCGGUCGGGAGAGGGGGCUCUGCAUCUACUCUCUUCACUAUUGGUAUUGCGCAACAAGAUGCCAUAUUAUUCCAAGGCCAAGGUAGCUCUGCUGAGCAGGUACCGUCACUCUGGACAAGCUACUUUGAUGAAUCGGAACUUGUUCCUUUCUUCUACAAGGACUACAGCUACGCCAGCCAAUAUGCCACUAAUCUCGACAACCGUAUUGCGAAAGACUCUAUCAAGGCUGGUGGAGACGAUUAUCUCACCAUUACCAGUCUUGCCGUCCGACAGGCAUUUGGAGCCCUCCAGUACACAGGCACUCCAGAUAACGUCAGAGUGUUUCUUAAAGAAAUCAGCUCCAACAGCGAUAUCCAAACGGUUGAUGUAAUCUUUCCUACGUGGCCAAUCAUGCUGUAUCUUGAUCCAAAUCUCAUCAAAUACACCCUAUCACCCCUUCUCGAGAACCAAGAAAGCGGCCACUACCCGAAUAAAUAUGCGAUUCACGACCUGGGCAGAUUCCCUCAAGCUCUUGGCUACCCACAAGGCAACGACGAGGCUAUGCCCCUAGAAGAGUGCGGCAAUAUGAUUAUCAUGAUGCUGUCUUACGCUCAGAAAACAGGAGACAUAGACUAUCUCAACGAGCAUUGGCAGCUCAUGGUGCAGUGGGCAGAGUAUUUGAUUGAAGAUGCCAAGAUCCCAGCAAACCAAUUGUCUACGGAUGAUUUCGCAGGCCAUCUUGCGAACCAAACCAACCUCGCCAUUAAAGGUAUAAUUGCUCUGCAGGCCAUGUCGAAAAUAGCCGACCAAACUGGUCACAGUUACCUAUCUGGAAAGUACUCAAGCAUUGCUAAAGAUUAUCUCAAUUUCUGGUCUCGCCACGGUAUCAACCGAGCGUCUGUCCCUAAUCACAGCGUACUGCAAUAUGAUUCAGGAGCCACUUAUGGAUUGUUAUACAACAUUUACCCUGACAAAGCUCUUGGACUGAACUUUAUCCCCCAGUCUGUCUACGAUAUGCAAAGCGAUUUUUACAAGAGCAAAGCCAAUAAAUACGGAGUUGUUCUCGAUACGCGCGGCACACUCACCAAGACUGACUGGGAACUGUUCGCUGCAGCAGUAGCCAAGCCCGACACAAAGGCCAUGUUCAUCUCCUUGAUUGCCAAGUGGAUCAACGAGACUCCAACGUGGCGGGCAUUUACCGACUUGUACGACACGAACACGGGAGAAUAUCCCGGUAACCAGUUUACCGCCCGGCCGGUUGUGGGCGGUGUGUUUGCAUUGUUGGCGCUGCCAUGA